AUGAAUGGGAAGACAGUGGCAACUAUUUUUGGGAAAUGGGAUGGGUGCAUCCAUUACAUUGAUGGAGACUGCUCUGGAAAAGGAGGGUUUGAAUCAAAAUCAGAUGCUCAUUUGCUCUGGAAGCGGAGUCGGCCUCCCAAGUUCCCCACAAGAUAUAAUUUCACACGCUUUGCUAUAACAUUGAAUGAGCCCACCCCUGGACUGAAGGAAAAGCUACCACCAACUGAUUCAAGGCUGAGACCUGAUCAAAGGUGCCUUGAAAAUGGGGAGUAUGAAAUGGCAAAUGCAGAGAAGCAGCGGCUAGAGCAGCGGCAACGGCAGGCUAGUAAAAUGCAAGAGAGGGGCUGGAAGCCACGGUGGUUUGCAAAGGAUAGAGGAAGUGAUAUCUACCUCUAUGUUGGUGGUUAUUGGGAGGCUAGAGAACAAAGAAACUGUGAUUUUUGUCGUGAUAUUUUUGGUCAUAUUCCUUCUGAUCAGAUGUUGGACUGA